UAUCGCUAUGGAACUAACUAAUUUGGCCACCUUUACCGAGCCACCUUAAGAUUUUGCUGAGAACGUGAGACAAAAUGGAGUGACUAUGUUGAGGAGAAAGCUUUACAAAACCCCGAUGAUAACGGUGCUCGUAGCGAUAAGUGUGUUGUUAUUUGUGGAUGAAAAGAACAAAAGAGAAUGCUGAAGUUGCAAUAAGGGUUAAACAAAUUUGAAGAAUAUGGAUGCAAUUAUGUCAUACAACCUUAUUCCAACACGAAAUGCAUUUAGAGCAAUUCAAUCUGCCUCAAUAAAGCAGUUAUCACAAUUGACAAAGCAGGAGCUUCGAACAAUUCUACCAUGCUUGUCAAGAGCUGCACUUUGCUCAACAUUAGAUAUCAGUGAUAAAUUUCGAUUGGUAAUGAAAGAAAUCAGAAGGAUUAUGGCAGGAAUAGAUGCUGUUACAUCUAUAGUGUCUUUGCUCUCUAUUGAUUUUUCAACUGUCAGAGAGGAUGCCAUUAAAGAGCAACAACUGAGGAGGAAAAUGGGAGGCAACUCUCUGACUGAGAGCUAUUUGACAGACCCUGUUGAUAAUACUGGCAUUCUUGCUGAAUUUGAAAGAAGUGAGGCUUCAAGAAGGAUCAGAUUAGUUUUGAGUCAACUCUUAAAACUCUGCACAUUGGUUACUGAGUCUCAAUAUGUUAAGGAAGAUGCAAUAGAAUUAUUCAACUGUGUUGUGUACUUGCAAGAAGUAUCAGAUAUUCUUUGCAUAUGCUUUUCAGAGCUUUCAGAUUUGCUACCUGUAAAGGAAGUAGCAGAGGCUUUGUUGAGAGUCAGAUUUGGGCCACUAUUAUUGUGCCGACUUGUUGGAAAUGCACCAGACUGUUUUGAACAAGUUUGCUUGUGUAUUUUAUCAAACUCAUCAACAUCCGAUGAAAGCAAUCAUGAUACCAAAGUUCGUACAAAAACACUCAAGAUGUUGUGCAGUAUGAACCCGUUGUAUGUAAGGACCCUCAGAUCAGAAGCCAUAUCAAAAUGCAAGCUUCCAGGACUUGCAAUUGAGUUAUCUGUUUCCUCUGAAGAGACGCAAUCAGACUUAGUGCCAUUUCUGUCUGGUCUGCUGUUGACAAGUGACUUGAGAGUAAAGGAGUGGCUUGCAGAGUACAUCAAAAAUGCCCAAAAGGAUGCCCCAAAUUCAUCCAUACACGUGCUUCGCAAUCAGCUGAUGAAAGAAACAUUAGAUGUUGUCAAGAGCUUCUCCCGUUCUGAAGAGGAACAGGAUGAUGAAAAUAUGGACGUUGAUGCCCAGGUCAUAGGUGGUGAUAUCCCGAAAGGCAUUGCGCUGAUGCGCCUGUACUGCGCCCUCAAAGGCAUGGUGGGCUACAAAAUUUCAAACGAAGAAUCAGAAGCAUUUUUAAAGCUGAUUACAUGUCAUCCCCCUGGUACGGCUGGCGGUGUGCGAUUUGUUUGCGCAGGCCUUUCCUCUCUCCUUGCCUGUACUUUCAUUAUCAGUUAUCCCGAAAGGGAAGAGAAAGCAACGCAAUGGAUUGAAUGGUUGUGCGCCCAUCAGGCAGAAUUUGGACACUCUGCAGCUGUCAGUUCGUCGUUCGGUGAAAUGCUGCUCUUAAUUGCAAUUCAUUUUCAUAGCAACAACUUGGAGGCCAUUGUUGACCUCGUAACUUCGACACUAAGCAUGAAACUGAGGCCAGGAUCCUUGACAAAGAUGAAAAUUCUAUUCACUCAGCAGCUCUUUCCCGAAAAGGUUGCUGCCGAGCACGUUUUGACAGUGCCUGUUACAAAGAAUUUAAACGCACAUCUUUCCGGAUUUCUUCCAGUUCAUUGUGUUCACCAGCUGUUGAAAUCGAGAGUUUUUAGUAAACAUAAAGUUGAUGUCAAGGAUUGGGUUUAUUCCCAGAUUUGCACUGCUUCGGCUCCUCUACAUCCUUUGAUGGUGCCAUUAAUUGAAGCUUUCGUUCAUGCAAUCAUCCAGCCGAUCCAAAUUGGCAAAACUGGUAAACACCACAAAACAGCAAAUCUCGAUCGGUUCUCAGAAGAAAGUCUGUUUAACAUAUUCGCAAAAGACCGCAGUGAUCUAAGUCUUACUUGUGAAACGUCCAGCUUCCUGUUGAUGCUGUUCUACACAAUGUUAUAUCAAGACUGCCUCCUUACCAAUAUGGCCACUCUACUCAACGACCCAAAGAGGCCAAUGGAGUAUUCAGCAGCACUUUAUAAUCUCAUGCCAAUAAAGCAGCUAUUGUUAACAGCUAGGGAAAACCAGCAUAAUUAUGAAGACCUGUACCCGCCAUUACUGAGACUCGUUUCCAAAAGUUAUCCUCAUCUCUGUCUUGUUGAAGACUACAUGUUCGAAGAGGAAGUGAAGGAGGAGAAAUCCGUAUUUCUCGCCGAGCACAAAAGUCAACUGUCGCUGUUCAAUGCACAAGUUUGCUGCAACGAUCAGCUACGAAGUGUGCUGAAAGAUGCAGACACGGCAUGGCCUAAAACUGUUUUGGUGUUAUCGAAACUUGUGUUGCUCCGGCCCAAUCAACUAGUGGAGUAUGCGGAUGCCCUGGUAGAUAGUUUUCCGUUCUUGCUUAAGUCGUCAGUUCCAAGAAAGGUUCAGUCCCUCUGUAGUGCUAUUUGGUAUAAGCUCAACACAGUUAUUCCCAGAAGAUUAUGGCUGCGCACUGUCAAUGCUCUCUCUCAGGCUCAGGCGACUGGUUCAAAAGCUCAACCUUACACCGAUGAAGAAAUCACCAAAGACCCUUUGGUCAUUUUACGAUGCGAUCGUCGCUUAUUCAGGUGUACACCUUUGUUUGACGUUGUCCUGCGAAUUUUGUCUGCUUACAUGGAUGCAUCUCGAGCUUUUCUCGCGCAUCAUCUGCAGUCCCCGCUCCCUCCUGUCAAUAGGACUAUCCAGUCAUCCAGCAACUCAGAAAUUGAAAGAGAGGAACUGAAAAGUGCUCUAAUCUCCGCACAGGAAAGUGCUAUAGUGCAAAUUUUGUUGGAAAUGUGUUUGCUUACCGAAGAAGAAAGGAAGCUAUCAAGCACAGGGAUUAUGUGUACAAUCCGAGAAAUUCAGUGUCGCGUAUGUUGUUUUCUGCACCAAGUCUUCAUUACGGAUCCAAACAUGGUGAAACUGGUACAUUUUCAGGGAUACCCACCCGACCUGCUUUCGGUAACUGUUGCUGGUGUCCCAUCUAUGCACAUAUGCCUCGACUUUAUUCCUGAACUCCUUAACAUGCCUCAGUUGGAAAAACAGCUGUUUGCCGUGCAACUGCUUUCUUUCCUGGCGUUGCAGUACCCAAUCCCAAAGUGCCUCAGUGUUGCCAAACAUGCUGUUAACAGACUCACUUCACUUUGUGCUGCUCUGCCUGCCAGAACGAGGCGGCGCUUUUUCUUGCCCGUCUUGCCUUGCUUAGUGCGGUUUUCCAAUGCCUUUCCGCCGUUGCGACAAGAUGCGACCGAGCUGCUGAUCAUUCUUGGUAACCUCGCAUACACUCAACUUAAUAAAGACACUUCCGCUAGUCUCCGAAUCCGAAGAUUGUUUGGAAAUCCGUCGGUUCCCUGUGACGAAGGUGUCGAAGACGUAGCCUUGCAGAAUGAUGAACUAGAUUCGUAUUCGGAAACGAACGCAACGGGUCUGUUAGCAGAUGAUAGGUUAGAAGAUCUGGGCCUGAGAUGUGACGAGAAGAUGUUUCUGCAAAUUGAGAAGACAUUCAGAGAGAUUGCAGGGGCAAGUAUAAUAAGCACAAUGUUUUUCGACGAGCAGAGACGUUCAUGAGAGAUUGCUGCUGAUUUUCGUCAUUUUUAAGAUAACCACUCGAUCUGCUCCGUGAAGACGAAGAUUGUAAUAGAGACAUCCGAUGUAGCAGGACCUGUGCUUCCGCCUUUGUACCCAAGUUUCUUCUAUUUUCUGCGGAAAAUACCUUCAUCCCUCGGUUUUAUCAGCAAAUACCCAUAAAAACAAUCUGGAUCCAUGGUGAGGCAGACUGUGAAACUGAAAAGGAAUGGCGCAUGAUGGACCCUAUGAACAGGGAAUCAUUUAAUAUUGUGUUUGAAUUAUUUCUUGUUGAAAGUGGCUUCAUGUGAGCAUGCAUGUCUUUGAUUUUAUUCAAGCUGCAGGCAAGGUGGGUGUUUAAAAUGUGUUCCUGGCCAGUUUUUCCAGUCAUAUAGUCACGAACGUAGCAGGUGAAGUGACAUAUGACACACCUGUGUAACGGAUACUGGCAAUCCCUGUCUUACCUGUCAUAUGCGAUUAGGCUUAAAUCAGAGGCCUUGACGAUCAUUUGGAUGUCGAUUGUUGUCUUAUGUAAAUUUCCAUGACACCAGUUGCUAUGCUUGUAGUUUGAAGAAACAUUUAAAAAUAGACUGCGAUUGAUUCUAUUAACAUCAAAACGCGAUUAACUCUACGGCUCUCUGAUUCUAUAGACAUUGUAAUUUUCAAAGAAUAUCUAGGUCAGCGUGAUCUAUAUUUUUCAGUGAGAUUAAUGUUGUCCGAUAACUAUCUGUGGCACCUAAUGGCUUCGACCUCGAGUUUUAUCAAGAAUACUUGUGCUUUUUUAAAGUAUCAUAUUGUAGGAAAUGGUAGUUUAGAUAUCAUGUUUCCGUGCAGCUGCUGCGUUUUACACCAGUAGAAAAGGGGAUUAGAAAUGGGAAUAACAAUGUGACUCCACUUCACUCUACUUUACCUAUCAUUCGAUAACAAAACCCGGUUGGUUGGUUUAGUCUAGUCGUUUUCAAUGACUGGACUUUUUAUUUUUCCAGAUAUUGUUUGCUGUAGACAAUUCCUAUUCUAGUUAUAAGUAAGACGUUUGAAGUGAAUUCAACUGGGAUUUGAGUUUUAAUCAAAUUUUAGUUGGUUAGUUUUUUGAUAAGUUUUCCAUAAUCUUGAAUUUCUACCUUUGGUUAUGCACCAGACUCGUGCCUGUCACUGAAUCAAGUUCUUGAAAACCUCGAACGAGACAAUCUACCCCUGAAAGAGGCAGCCUGCCUAACCGUUGUAUAAUCCAAGAUUUCUUCGAACUUUUUGCAAUGUCUCGAACUCUUGCAAAUUGUUGUUAUACUUGGCCAUGAUAUCUGCCAGCAGUUGUUCCCAACAUUUAUUUGUAAUUUUGGUCUUUCAGCUCAAUUCAUCCUUCGAAAUGGCAAAUGAGAAGGGCUUACACCCACUUUUGAUGAAUCCCUUUGUUGAUCUCAUUUGUAUCUCUGCAGACCAUUCUGAUCUUCCCGCUUACCCCAGCCUAUUUCUUUUUGCAUUGCAUUAUUUGCUGUAGAAAAAUGAUCUGCAUAUUACGUGCUUAAUGUCUCGCUUGCUUGUAUAUUGUUUUGAAGAUAUGUUCUUUCUUCUGAAUUUUCUCUUCGCACUAUAAGUUGGCGAACAAACAAAUAACAAAUAUCCCUGUAGUUGUUAUGAGGUUUGAAAUAUAGCGAUUUGCGUCUUGGCACUGGAUCAAUAGCACCAUAACUUGUUUCCUAAGGAGCCCUUUACAUGAGACCCGAAAUGAAGUCAUGCCCGUGUCAUAGGCGUUUCGGUAUCCUUAUGCAUUUCUAUCCGGGUACACAACGCGUGACAAUUUUGUUUAUACAAAAAUGUACCCAAGCCUUUAAAAAAAGGGAACUGAAACGAAUGGCGGAAUUUAGCUUGUGAACCGGUCCCGGUACACAAACGCAUGGCAAUUUUGUUUAUACAAAAAUGUACACAAGCCUUUAAAAAAUAGGGAACCGAAACGAAUGGUGGAAUUUAGCAUGCAAAACGGUCCGGGUACACAAAGGCGUGACAAUUUUGGCGACUCCAAAGUUUGCUUGAUUGACAAGUGUGAAAUGUUAAACUUGAAAAGCAUUUUGGUCAAUUUGUUACACAUGACGUGUCAAAAUUGCACUACGAUGAAAUCAUAUGAUUGUCCGAUAUGAACAGUAAUCCGAUCCGUGAGUAAUCCGGCAUCGUGUAAAGCAACCCCUUUCCGAUAUAAUCAGUAAUCCGCAUCCCUUUCCGAUAUAAACAGUAAUCCGAUCUGUGAGUGACCCGGUAUUGUGUAAACGCAACCUGAAGCUGAAGACUGUUCUUGGAAUUUUUUCUUGGUAGAGCAACUGAAGACUGUUCUAAAACAGUUUCAAGAGCAGUUUGCUAAAAAUACCCUGGAAACUCCCUGCUCAUUGAAACGCUGAUGCAAAGAUUGUUGUCGGUUUUAUUUGUCCAUGCUUCUCUGUAAUAGUCAUACAGACAAUAAUGGGAUGAAUCAUUUUAUGUGACAGCACCGGGGGGGGGGCAGGUUAGGGAGGGGCGACUGGAUUAGGAUAUGACAUAUUUUGUCGCUUACCAAUAAACGUAGGGGCCCAAUGGCUAUGUAUGCAGAAGAAGUCCGGCAAGUAUAAUGUGCUAGCAUUGUUACAAGUUUUGGUCAACAGAAAAUUUUUGAGGUAAUUUAAGCAUCUACGGCGGCGAUGUAGCUUUAGACGGCAGAUUGCGGCUUUUAGCAUUCUAUAGUUGCAUUCAUCUCAAAAGACGAAUUUAAUGUUUAUUUUGGAUUCGAGAGUUCAUUUCAAUUUGAAAAAGAAAUCCAUAGAAACUGUAAUAAUCAAAGAAUAAUCUGUAACAGCAAAUUUUGUUAUUUUAGAUCCAACACUUUUGCUAUAAUAUAUAAAUAAAGGGUAUUUCGCCGAAGGUGUUCCAAAAUUGACUCCAAGAAAGUAAUUUCUUGAGAGAUUCAUUUUGCAAUACAGGUUCUUGCAAAUGCCCUUGAAAAUCAACAUUGAUUUUGGUAAAAAAGAUGUUGGCUAAGAUAAUUUUAAAAACUUCAUAUUAGUGACCUGUAUUGCGUUGACCUCUUAUAACAACGGGUAACGAAGGUGCAGCGAAACGAUUCUAGGAGUUUCUCAACAUCAUGGAUAGUUGACAUAACGUCUAUCUAGCCACUAGUUCAUUGACAACAAAACAGCUAAUUGCAGUCCAACCAAUGAGAGAGAAGGUGGGUGGAAAUUGUCAGGGUUAUCGGGCCUCAAUCCAUUGAAUAGUAAACCUUUAUUCCACAAUGGCCGUUUUUUCCACUGUACAAGGACACAACCAAUAAAUUGUUGGUGCUGCAGCUGUGCCAACUUCUCUUUUGGCAUGUCAACAUCAUUUCGUAGCCGCAACUAAUAGAAAGUGGGGCGCUAGUUACAGGAAAAUGGGGAUUCUUCGCAUAAAAUUCCGUUACGGAAAUCGUGGAAAACGGUUUCUUACUUACUUACUUACUUACUUACUUACUUACUUACUUACUUACUUACUUACUUACUUACUUACUUACCUACUUACUUACUUACUUACUUACUUACUUACUUACUUACUUUCUAACUUAAGGAUCCCCCACAACUCCUAUAUGUACUCAUUCUUCGUACAUAAUAAGGUAGGUAUCCCUUCGCUGUGUACGAAGAAUACAGGUACUGUUUAGAUGCUGUUGUAGACAGACAGUUAUGGUGUACACAUCAAGCUAAACAGCUGUUGCCAGUUAUAGAUGAUCUUUCUCUGCAUGCUUUGUAUUUGUCUCAGGCAUUGGCUAUGUCUCAGGGCACUCAGGCAAAACCCCCCAGCCAGGGAAGUUGAAGCCUUGCAAAGCGUACAUCCCUUGACGUUUCAUGUGCUAUAGUCAGCGUUCUUUUGAUUAAUCAAUUUUCUGCUGGUUAUUUGUCAGUUGGUUAAGCUAUUAGCCCGAGUUCCAGACUAGAUACAAUGGCUGUGAAACUCUGUGAAGUCAAAAUCAUAAAAGUUGGAUAAUCUGGCUUUAUUUUAGUGUUAUUUAGACUUUUACGGUAUUGCCUGGACGCCCUCGGGAAGGUAGGAGCACAGGGCCCUGAUAUGCGAAGAAAAACAAUGGCAUUAUUUACAAUAGCAAUACAUUUUUACCAAUCAUUAUUUUUAUUGCCGCUAUAUCCGUGUUAAAAAUUACACGAUGCUACAAAGGGUCGAUUGUUUUUGCUAAAAGCUGUCCCAACUUCCCUUCUGGCAAUGAGACAAUAGUUUCUUGGAUCGCUGGCUUGCUGAUGACGUUGAGUCAUCAUCAUUUUGUGGCCGCAAGCAAUAGAAAUCAGCACACUAAUCAAAGUGAAACGACAAGCCUUGCAUAGCAAAAAAGAUUCAUCGAAGCUUUCUGAAACAACGUCAAGCAACAAAUGUCGGAUUGAUCGCGCAACAAAAUUUGGUGAUUAAAUUGAAACUGCAAUCCAGUCAGAAACUUGCAAGUUGUAAAGGAAAAGUUCUGCCAAGGAAGCAGUUUGAUUCUUCCCUUUUCAACAAAGCAUUGAUUGCAGCGGCACCAUAGAGACUUGAGUCAUUUGUCAGAAAGGGUUGGAAUAAGUCUCCGAGGAAGCAAUGGAAGAAAGACUUUCUAAAGAGUUUGUUCUUGUAUUUGUGGUCUUAUUUCUAAACGGAGCUGAGCUGCUUAAUUCCUGAAUCGAUUGAUUGAAUCCAGCGUCCGUACUUGCUCCAUUUCUUUGUUCCAGCUAACAGACUACUGACUGGCCCAUUUAAGAAAGAUGACAUCUUGCACUCAAUAUGCGUUUGGAAUCAGUUCAUUUUAUCCAGGUUUUUGUGUCCUCCGAAUAGUAGUGAUCCAACCAAUUUGGCCUGAUAAAAUUCCAUUUCCAUUCAACUACUCCUUAAUGAAAUCGAAUGAAAAGAUGCGUUUUAGUUUUAGCUAUAAACAGUCCACUUAAAUAUACUUGAAAGUUUUAUUGUUAUUACCAAAAAACCUUUGGUAUAUUGAUUUAUUGACAAGACAAAUUUUUAAAUACCUUUAAUAUUCUGUCGGACAAAUUUUCAAAACAUGCUGUUUGUUUCGUGUAAUAUUGACAUUGCAAGACAACUUAUUCUGGUGACAACCUUACCUUUCGGUGAAUUUCGGAUUUUAACAAUCUUAUUCAUUUAGAAGUCACACUUGAUAUUAUACUAAGGAUAAAACCUUUCUUAACACAUUUUACUUUUACGUAAAGCCUUUCAUGUUUUUCUAUAACGAACAACCUUUACACAAUGUUUACAUUUAAAAUCUCUAGAAUCGUCCUUAUCUCAGGGUACAGUUGUAUUUGCUAAAAGAAAGCGAAAUAACUUUAAAUCCUGGAUUGGUGGCAAAGUUUUGCACAGUAAAUUGCGAUAAGAACUUUUGAAGCUCGGAUUUUUUCCAUCACACUACUAAUUUUAUGUUGCAGCACACUGCCAGAAAAUAAAUUCAUAAUUCAAUCAGAUUUUUAUGCAUAUAUUUGACAAAUGAACAUCUGUGUUUAUUGCCAAUUCUACUUACCAUCUCUGCUCUGAAACAAAGCAACAGCAAUUUACCAGCUUGGUAACCAGCCAAUUAUUCUAUAGGGUUAAGAAUUGGAAGAAUGUGCUGUUUACAAAGCUACAACUCUUCAUGCUACUAAGACUAACGCACAAAUAGGCAGGGACCGCGCACCAGUCUAGUAAGAGGGGCUGAAAUGGGUUUACCCGAAAGAACGCCGGAAAUUACCCCUUCUAGAGAAUACUUGCUUAUUUCUACUGAAUUUUUAAAAACAAUCUGGUUCAGAGAAGAUAUCAAUAACUUUAAAAAGGGUAAUAAAACACCAAGCUAACCAAGUUAGAAAAUACAUCAUACCAUUAAACAAGAUAAAACAUCUAGAAAAUGAACAAAAAAGGUUCACUGUCAAAAAGAACUGCUUCUACAUAGAGUUAACUGUCCAAAAAUGCGUUAGCGUGAACCUUG